AUGGCUUGCCAAGCAUUCACCUUCUUUGGAAAGCUCCCUCCACAGAUACGCAUCAAGAUUUAUAUUUUCGCUAAACCACCCCGCACCGUAAGUCUUGGACUGGUAAAGGUUUCUUACGACGAAUGGCUGGCGCAAUGCUGGGAGUCUAAGCCACAAGGCCGCUUCACCUGGGUGCGCUGGGAUCAUUUGGGUGACUACCUCAUUCGCAGUAUUACACAAAUACCUGCACUUUUGUACACGUGUAAAGAAUCUAGGGAGGAAUUGGGAAACUACGGCUACAAGGUCACCUUUGCGUACACAAGAAGUCCAGGGAAGAGAGGUCCACGGAUGUGGUUUAAUUACCAUCGGGAUGCUUUAUACCUUCCCCUCCACCACUGGACUUGUGAUGAGCCCUCCUAUAAUCCUUGCAAGCGUGACCACGAAUCUGAAAAAGUCAUCUAUUAA